AUGGAACGGGUGCACAAAAUCAAAGGAGCAUGGAAUGCCUCUGUGAAGGCUCGAAAGGAUAAGGUUCCAGCAGCCUCCCCAAAGCGACAAAUUGACGGCACAGGGAUCCUAUCUGUGGCGCCGAGCCCUGCCAAGAAAGCCAAGGUCGAGGAGAAAAAGAAGACGAAUGCCUUCUCAAGUCUCCUUAAGAAAGUCACCGACUCGACGCCCACGAAAGUCCCGGCCAGCGCAAGCAAUACGCCACUCAGAACACCAUCGAAGAGCGGCGUCCUAAACGACACUCCAAGAUCCCGAAAGGCGAAGAGGGUCAAGUGGGCUGACCAUUUCGGAGGAAAUCUUUCCGCUUCUCGUGUGCUUGACUCUACAGCAUCACCGUCACCAGCAGAUCCUGCCAAAGUCGUUGAUGACUCGAAGGUAUCUUGGACCGACAGAAAGAAACGUGAUCGGUUGAAAGAAAAGGAACUGCUUGCCAAGGCAAAGAAGGCAAAGCUUAUGGACGAUGACAACGACAUCGAGACUGUAUCGCGCAUCAAGCCAACAAUGUCGUGGCGAGUGCCGGCUUUGUUGCCUGAAAACCCCGAUGUUGCACAGGCGCAACUAGUCUCGAAACAAAUGGAAGUGCAAACUGAGAGGGAAAAGAAAGUUCAAAGGGUUCGAUACGUGUCCGAAGACCAGGUCCCCGCUAGUCCCGCUCCGCUUAGUGAUGUCGAGCAGGCACUAGAUAUGACCUCAGUUGCGUCUGCUGUUGUGGCAUCAAUUCCCUUCUUUGUGCCCCAAGCCAGUGCGCCUGCUCCUGCUGUUCCGCCGUCUCCAGCGGCUAUUCCGACCCCCUACUCACAUCCUCCAAGUCAUGUACCCGCCCUGCCGAGUGCACCACCUCCAGCGGCAUACAAUCCGCAACCCCAGAGUGCUCACGAGUCUGCCACCGCCCAAACGGUACAGUCUCUCGGCUUGCCGAUGUUCCUUGUGGGGCAGAAUGUACAGGCAUUGCAGACUCUAGCAAGUUCUCCUAGUCUCCUUAGCACUUUAGUGGACCCUAAUGGUAUGUAUGACCAGCCGCGGCUGAUGAGCCUAGUCCAGACGCUGAGUCAAAACGUGGCGCCACCACAGCCUCCUCCGGGAGGGCAGAUUGGAGGCUUGCCAGGAUACCAGCCCCCAGCCCCCGCACCUGCACCUCCUAGCUAUGGUAGUCAGUCCUAUCAGCCUUCUUCGGGAGGUGGAAUCUAUGGCCCUGCCUCGGCGUCCUCAUCGACUUCGCCGUAUGGACCAGCCUCUGGGUCAUCUUUUGGUGGCGGCGGUGGCUUUCCUGGGGGAGGGCCUCGAAACGGAGGGUAUCGAGUGGACGAGGUUGUCAUGAAGGGUACUUUUUCUUUUGUUAAUACCAGCGAUCCCAUGGGUGCACAACAAGCUAGGGAGACCUUGAACGGUGCCAUGCUUUGCGGUAUGCCUAUUCGUAUCAACAUGGCGCAACGACGUGGCCGCGACCCAAGCUUUCCUGGAGGUGGUGGUCCCGCUGGUCCCGGCGGCGGCGGCAACUUUGGCGGAGGCGGUCCUCGUGGCGGACCCGACAUGCCAAAACCGCCUGGCAUGGGUCAUCGCAAUGAUAUGCCACCAUUCCAACAGAAACCCCCUCCGUUUGACCAAGGCGGGCCUCCUCAGGAAGUUCGGGAUGACAGAGGCAACCCCGCCACCAAGAAUCUGUUUGUGGCCGGCUAUGGCCCUGGAACAACAGAAGUGCAGCUGCGCGAGGUGUUUGGUCAGUACGCCACAAUCGUUGGCGUGGUGACCAAGGGUACGUUUUCCUUUGUCAAUACGUCUGACAAGUACGCAGCCGUUCGUGCUCGGGAAGCUCUUUCUAGCUCUGUGAUCAACGGUGGAGUACUGAGAAUUAACUUUGCCAAGGAAACGGGGCGACUUGGAACCAGCUUUGAUCUUACGUAUGGACCAGGUUCAGGCGGUCCUGGUGGUGGCGGCGGCGGUGGUGGCGGCGGUGGUGGUGGUGGCGGUGGCUCGCACUAUGGUCGCGGAGGCUUCUAG